AUGCGGGUGUCUCUGAGCGCGCUGGCGGGCGCGGCGGCGCUGGCCGGGGCGCUCAGCUUCGUGCUCCUGGCGGUCGCCAUCGGCACGGACUUCUGGUACAUCAUCGACACGGAGCGGCUGGAACGCGGCGGCCUGGGGGCGCAGGACAGCGUGGGGGGCGCCAAUCGCAGCGAGCUCGAGCCUCUGAGCUCGCACUCGGGCCUCUGGCGCACCUGCCGGGCCAUGCACGGGACCUUUGUGAUUCUGCUGCCGUUCAGCCUGAUCCUGAUGGUGUUUGGGGGGAUGACAGGGUUUCUGAGCUUC